AUGUCGAUUAUUGUUGAACUGUGUUGUUUGGGAAGUGUGGACAGUCGCAGUGGUUGCGCAGAGACGAAGACAAGCUCGAGGACACCCGGACUCCCACCUCGCUCUGCCUCCCCUCCGCCACCAACACCAUUCGAGACGAUAGACAUCGGGAUGGCCAUCGCCGAGAACGAAAACUCACAACCAACGACAUCGAGUGCCGAUGCUGCUGCUCAACAGCCCAUCCAAGCCAUCAAGCCCUUGUACUGCCCGAGUCCGUCUCACACGCCGCCUUUCCUCAGAAAUAAAGACACUCAUCCUUCCCUUCCAGUUUGUAGUUUCCCGCCCGAGUAUUGCGAGUAUGGGACGAGCAUAUCCAAGUUGAAAAUGGUUGACGGAGCACGACGAGGAGCUAUACGAGAAGCUGCAUGGAGGGUCGAGAAGGCUCUGGAAAACAUGAGUGUAGAGGAGGUGGAGAAGAAAAGGAAGGCCGAGACAGAGGCGCUGAAGAAGGAGGCCAAGGAAGAGGCCAAGGCGAGCCGGAUGAAAGAGAAGUCGAAGACGAACAAGGUGACUGUGGAGACGGUGGAGCGGACGAAGCGCAAGCGGAUCACGACAAUCCAUGGACUCGAUCUCUUCGGAUCUGACAGGACGGCAGGACCAAUAGAUUGGUGCUCGUCACCCUCAUAG